AUGCGUAAACGUUAUUAUCUCCUGAGUGUUCACAGACGGGUUUUGUGCACUCAUGGGCCCCGGGUUUCCUUGGGGUCUCCAGCUCUGGAAGACAGAAUUAUGCUGCAUAGCGACGAUAAGUGUUUGUUGCGAGACGGUUUUUCGUCUCUUCUUGAAGCUGGGUUUACUUCCCCGCGUCCGCUUCUCCCAGGCCACGAAGUCAGGGGAGCAGACCUUCAAUUGAAAACUGGACGGUGGCUUUAUGCAAUGGAAAACCGCACCUUAGUUUUGGCUAUUGGUGAUUACGGAGUUUUCUGCUCCCUCUCUAUGGGAACCCCAUGUGAACCUAUCCUGGUCUGCCCCACAUCGGUCGCCUCUACUGAGCUAAAGAUGCCGGAAGCGGGCUUGGAACUCGCCUCUCCUCUGGGAUGUUGUCGACCUGGUGAGGGCGACGAUAGACCAUGA